GAAUUAGAAGGGAUAUGAAUGUUAUCGUGGUGUACAUUCAUGGUUUGACGGUUGUAAGAUCUUAACUGGUGCAGGGGUGGUGAAUGUUCAUGAUCUCCCUAAUACGUCACCUUAUCUUUUAGAUACACGUUUGAACACCCAACUCUGUUCUCGCACGUACGGCAGCGUCCACAGCCCCCACAUAAUUCCGGUGAUGAUGGUCAUGAUUCCUCUCGCCCUCCCUAACAAAAUCGGCUUCUCGUUACCUUUUCUCUAUAAACCAAUCACAACAAGAGGAGGAGGAGGAGGAAGCAGUUGUUCUGCUUUUACUUGUCGCUCUGUUUCAUCACUUACCAGCUUCACUUGGGACGACGUCGUUCAAGCCUCUCAACCUGACUAUGCCCCAAAUGAUUCUUCAGAUCUCUCUGGCUUCUUCGAAAAGAUCAAAUACUGCAAUCGCGGCUCCUCCGAGAUAAAAUCUGAAUUUAUUCCAUUGGUGAUAGAGGAUCAAAUAGUUGGUUACAUACAUAACGGUUUUUUUUAUAAUUAUUUGAGGAGGUUUAAGGACGUGUUUGUUUUUGUGCCAAGUGAUUCUCGUUUUGGCACCAAUGUGACUUUAAAUAAAACACUAAGCACACCAGAGGAAAGAACCAGAGUUGUUGGAAAAGUAAUCAAAUGCUUGGCAGAAGAAGAAAAGGAACUGAUUCCAGGAAUACGAAAUGAGUUGUACCCAGUCGCACCUUCGUUUGGAUCGCCCCCCUAUUUUUCCGUUGAACGUGCUGCUGCUCCUUAUUUUGGAAUUAAGGCAUAUGGAGUUCAAAUGAAUGGUUUUUUGAAAAGAGAUGGGGAGAAAUUCUUAUGGAUAGGAAAGAGAAGUCCAAUGAAACAAACUUUUCCUGGGAUGCUUGAUCAUCUUGUUGCUGGUGGACUGCCUCAUGGGAUGUCUUGUGUUGCAAAUCUUAUAAAGGAAUGUGAAGAGGAAGCAGGGAUUCCUCUAUCCCUUUCUAAUCAAGCCAUGUCAGUUGGUGCUGUUUCUUAUGUGGAUGUUGAUGGGUAUAGAUACGAGAGGGGUGUUCUAUUUUGUUAUGAUUUAGAACUCCCUGGUGGUUUUAUUCCUAAGAAUCAAGAUGGGGAAGUGGAGAGUUUCAAGUUGAUCCCCGUGGAAAAUGUUGCAAAUGUAAUACGGAGGACCCAUUUUUUCAAGCCUAAUUGCUCUCUUGUUAUCAUUGAUUUUCUGUUUCGACACGGGUAUAUUGGUCCUGAAUGCUUGGGAUACUUGGAUCUAUUACAAAGUUUGAGAAGUGGAGAUACUUCCUAAAUAUGCUCUCGCUUUGUUGAAUUGCAGGUAUAUCUGGACCUCCACUUUUUCCUGCCUACUGUGUUGAAAAAGUCCUUCGCCUUGACGGUAAAUGCUGUUUGGGGACGCAGUGCAAAUCACGUUUCUAAAAAAUUUAUUUAUUUAUUUAUUUGUUAAAAUUUAAUAUGGUUUGUAUAUUUUGGAUCGUUUUGAAGUGCUGAUGUCAAAAAUAAUUUUUAAAAAAUGAAAAAACAUCAUUAGCAUA